AUGCCUUCCAACACCUCUGCCAACCCUCCGCCGGAGGAGGUCAGCGGCCAUGCUGCUCUGCCAUUGACUAGAAUCAAAAAGAUCAUACAUCUGGACGAAGACAUAGCCCAGUGUUCGAACAACGCCGCAUUUGUGAUCGCGGUGGCAACCGAGAUGUUUAUCCGAUACCUGGCAGAGCAAGGUCACAACGUUGUCAAGUCCGAACGGAAACCAAGACGGACAAUCCAGUACAAAGAUCUAGCAACCGCUGUUUCCCGCAUCGACAACCUCGAGUUCCUAGCCGACGUAAUACCCAAGACGACGACAUAUAAACAAUUCAAAGAGAAGAGAGCCAAGGAGACCGCCAAUGGCGCUGGUGUGUCGAAGAGCCAGCGAACACUGAACGGCGCGAGGGUGCGGGCAAAUGGCACGACGACGUCGUCACGAGAGCGGAGGGAAGACUCCAUGCUGGCCUUGAACGGGGAGGGAGACACGCAUCUGCUGACGUCCCGCCCGCCGAUGGUUAUGCACUCAUCACGGCCGCCUAGUUCUCUCGUGGCCAACGAUCCUAUGUAUCCAGACGAUGAAGUGGUUGGGGCUGAUGGGGAUGUUGAGAUGACACAAUGA